CGCUAAGUUGGUGCAAGAUUUGCUGCAACACCGAACUUCGUGAUUCUCACUUCAAGGACUGAGUGCUGGGAGGAAGUUUUUCAAAUGUUUGUUCUAUAAGUUUUUGCUGGGAUUUCAUGGAAACAAAUAUUCCCAAUUUGGCACAUCUUCUUCAGCUGUGUAUUAGCAAGAAAGCUCUCCUAGCUGGUAAGGUUCUUCAUGCACAGAUCUUCCGAUUAUCCCUUUCUUCUGUCACCUUUCUCUCCAACAACCUAAUCGAAUUGUAUUCCAAGUGUAAUGAUGUUAGUGUUGCCUAUCGAGUGUUUUGUAAUACACCUCGAAGAAACAUAUAUUCCUGGAAUGCCAUCUUGGGUGCUUAUUGUAGACAGAACAAUUUGCGGGAUGCUUAUAGAUUGUUUCUACAAAUGCCCGAAAGGAACACUGUGUCAUGGAACACUAUUAUUAGUACAAUGGUAAGGACUGGAUUUGAAGAGCAGGCGCUGGAUGUUUUUGACUCAAUGAUGUUGGAAGGAAUUAAACCCUCCCACAUUACAUUUGCCAGCAUAUUUAGUGGAUGUGGUUCUUUAGCAGAUGCUGAGUUUGGCAGGAAAAGCCAUGGUCUUGUGGUCAAGGUUCGUCUUGACAGAAAUAUGUAUGUUGUCAAUGCUCUUUUGUUCAUGUAUACUAAGUGUGGGCUUGCCAGGGACGCGAUCCGUAUUUUUAGGGACAUACCUGAUCCUAAUGAGGUUUCUUUUACUACAAUGAUGGGUGGAUUAGCUCAGACAAGUCACGUGAGAGAAGCUUUCGAAAUGUGCAGGCUAAUGUUGAGGAAAGGUGUUCAUAUUGAUUCUGUCUCAUUGUCAACCAUCUUGGGUGCCUGUUCAAAGGGAGGAUUUGAGGAAAUUGGUCUCCAUGGUCAAAAGUAUGGCUUCUCACGAAUUUUUCAGGGCAAAGAAAUACAUGUGCUGUCAAUUAAACUAGGUUUUGAAGGAGACCUCCAUUUGAGCAAUUCACUGCUUGAUAUGUAUGCAAAAAGUGGAGACAUGAAUAGUGCUGAAAGUAUCUUUGCUAAUUUGCCUCAACCGAGCAUUGUUUCUUGGAAUAUAAUGAUCGCUGGAUACGGAAAUGUGUACAAUAGUGAGAAAGCUCUAGAAUAUCUGCAAAGAAUGGAGUCAUAUGGAUUUGAACCAGAUAAUGUUACUUAUAUUAAUAUGCUAACAGCAUGCAUCAAGUCUGGGGAUAUUAGUACUGGGCGUUAUAUAUUUGACAGCAUGCCAUGCCCAAGUUUGACUUCAUGGAAUGCUAUGCUCUCAGGCUACACCCAAAAUGCAUGUCAGAAAGAGGCAGUUGAAUUGUUUCAAAAAAUGCAGUUCCAAUGUGUACGUCCUGAUCGGACUACUCUGUCCAUUAUUCUUGCUUCAUGUGCUGAAGUAGGACUUCUUAUUGAGGGAAAACAAGUUCAUGCAUGCUCACUUAAGUUUGGAUCAUAUAAUGAUCUGUAUGUUGCCAGUGGCCUUAUCAAUGUUUAUUCAAAGUGUGGGGAAAUGGAGUUGGCAAAGCAUGUAUUCAGCAAACUGCCUGAACUAGAUGUUGUUUGCUGGAACUCAAUGAUAGUGGGGUGCUCAAUCAAUUCUCUUGACCAAGAAGCUUUCUCUUUCUUUAAGCAGAUGAGAGAAUUUGGCAUCACUCCUUCGAAGUUUUCUUAUACCAACAUAUUGAAUUCAUGUGCAAAACUUUCUUCAUUACUGCAAGGACAGCAGAUUCAUGCACAAAUCACAAAAGCUGGCCAUGUUGAUGACAUAUUUGUGGGGAGUUCUCUUAUUGAAAUGUAUUGUAAAUGUGGAGUUGUGGAUAGAGCCAGGUGUUUUUUCAAUAUGAUGCAAUUUAAAAACAUUGUUACUUGGAAUGCAAUGAUCCAUGGUUAUGCCCAUAAUGGAUGUGGUAUUGAGGCUGUUUGCCUCUACAAAGACAUGAUCCAAUCAGGUGAAGAGCCUGAUGAUAUUACUUUUGUAGCUGUAUUAACAGCAUGUAGCCACUCUGCUUUGGUUGAUGAAGGUAUUGAAAUUUUCAAUUCAAUGCAGCAAAAAUAUGGUAUUAUGCCAAUGGUGGAUCACUAUACUUGCAUUAUAGAUUGUUUGGGUCGUGCUGGGCGGUUCAAUGAAGCAGAAGUAAUUCUAGAUAGUAUGCCAGGCAAAAAUGACCCUCUCAUUUGGGAGGUUGUACUGAGCUCAUGUCGUAUUCAUGCUAACCUAAAAUUAGCAAAAAGAGCAGCAGAGGAACUCUUUCGACUGAAUCCUCAAAAUUCUUCCCCUUAUGUGCUUCUUGCCAACAUGUAUUCUUCUAUGGGAAGAUGGGAUGAUGCAACACGUAUUAGAGAUAUGAUGAGCGACAAACAGGUGCAUAAGGAUCCUGGUUAUAGCUGGAGUGAGUUCAAGAAUAAGAUGGAGGACAGUAAUCGUGAUGGGUUGGUGUGCACUGUCAUCUAGGGGAUGAGAUCUCUUUAUCAUGCUAAAUGAAAUCAAGGCCCCUCUGCAGAGACUUUAGUGACUAUUGCGAGGGGAAACUAGAUCCUCGAAGUUGGUAAUGGUUGGUUUGAUAUGGUGAAUUCCCCCCAGGGUUCCUCAAUAAAGUUGAGUGGGAUUGCAGCUUACUGCUUAUUUAUUAAACUUGAGUUAGUUCACCUGCCAUGGGGUCUAUAUGACGGGGCUUUUAUCCCUUGAAAUUUGAGAUGAAGCACUUCCCUCUCAAGAUCUGAAAAGUACUACCAUGCUCAUUUGGGAAUGCACUAUCCAGACAUUGCAGCAUGGAGACUAUUUGCUUUCAGAAUGUGUUGCCCUGGGGAGAACUGAUAAUUGGUGAUGGCUUCCUGGAACUCUGCAGACGUCCUUGUCUCCAAUCAUUAAUACCAAUUUAGAGCUUUUCCUUCCCAACACUAUAGCCGUGGAGACUUUCACUCCCCUAGAAACUCCUUAAAAGUUUUCUCAUCUUCCUUCAACACCCAAUAUCUCCUUCAUUACUGAGAAUUUGUUUUCCAAUCCAGACUAUCAAUUCUGCGCCCGCGUUCUGGUAAUUAUUGGCACCCGUUUA